AAAAUAUAAAUGAAGAAAGGGGGAGUAGAGUGUGGUGGUGGCGUGGCUCCUAAAAAAGCGCAUCGGCAGCCGUAAGCGUAGAGGCGAAGAGGCGCAGAGAGAGAGAGAGAGAGAGAGAGAGAGUGAGAGUGGUUGAAUCGGAGAGUGUGAGAAGAGAGCUAGGGUUUCAGCAGCAUUAUGACGUGAAACCCUAGAAGAGAGUGCGAAGCUAGCCAAGCCUCCUCGAUCCGAUGGGAAACUGCUGCAGAUCUCCGGCCGCGGUGGCGCGGGAGGACGUCAAAUCCACCUUCUCCAACGCCGACCACGGGAAGCCGCCGGCGGCCAAGCAGAAGGCGCCCAUGACGGUGCUGGCGGGCGUGGCCAAGGAGAACAUCGAGGACAGGUACCUGGUGGACCGGGAGCUCGGCCGGGGGGAGUUCGGGGUGACCUACCUCUGCAUCGACAGGGACACGCGGGAGCUGCUGGCCUGCAAGAGCAUCUCCAAGCGGAAGCUGCGGACCGCCGUCGACGUCGAGGACGUCCGCCGCGAGGUCGCCAUCAUGCGCCACCUGCCGGACAGCCCCAGCAUCGUCUCGCUCCGCGAGGCCUGCGAGGACGACAAUGCCGUCCACCUCGUCAUGGAGCUCUGCGAGGGCGGCGAGCUCUUCGACCGGAUCGUCGCCCGCGGCCACUACACCGAGCGCGCCGCCGCCGCCGUCACGCGCACCAUCGUCGAGGUCGUCCAGCUCUGCCACAAGCACGGCGUCAUCCACCGCGACCUCAAGCCCGAGAACUUCCUCUUCGCCAACAAGAAGGAGAACUCGCCGCUCAAGGCCAUUGAUUUUGGCCUCUCCAUUUUCUUCAAGCCAGGUGAGAGAUUCUCAGAAAUUGUUGGAAGUCCAUAUUAUAUGGCUCCAGAGGUGCUAAAGCGGAAUUAUGGACCAGAAAUAGAUAUAUGGAGUGCAGGAGUAAUUCUUUACAUCUUAUUGUGUGGCGUUCCCCCUUUUUGGGCUGAAUCUGAGCAAGGAGUUGCACAGGCCAUUCUUCGAGGGCUUAUAGAUUUCAAACGGGAACCUUGGCCCAGUAUUUCUGAAGGUGCUAAAAGCCUUGUUAGGCAAAUGUUAGAACCAGACCCUAAGCUUCGAUUAACUGCCAAACAAGUGCUUGAGCACCCGUGGCUUCAAAAUGCUAAGAAGGCUCCCAAUGUUCCGCUUGGAGAUGUUGUCAAAUCAAGGCUUAAGCAAUUUUCAAUGAUGAAUAGAUUCAAAAGAAAAGCCCUUAGGGUCAUUGCUGAUUUCUUAUCCAAUGAAGAAGUUGAAGACAUCAAAGAUAUGUUCAAGAAAAUGGAUAAUGAUAAUGAUGGCAUUGUUUCCAUUGAAGAACUAAAAGCUGGAUUUCGAAACUUUGGGUCUCAGCUUGCUGAGUCUGAAAUUCAGUUGUUUAUUGAAGCUGUAGAUAAUAAUGGUAAGGGAACACUAGACUACGGAGAAUUUGUUGCUGUUUCCCUUCAUUUAAAGAGAAUGGCUAAUGACGAGCAUCUUCGCAAGGCCUUCUCCUAUUUUGACAAAGAUGGGAAUGGGUAUAUUGAACCGGACGAACUACGGAAUGCCUUGAUGGAAGACGGAGCAGAUGACUGUACAGAUGUGGCAAAUGACAUCUUCCAAGAAGUAGACACGGACAAGGAUGGCCGUAUCAGCUAUGAUGAAUUUGUUGCUAUGAUGAAAACGGGAACGGAUUGGAGAAAAGCGUCUAGGCAUUACUCACGUGGGAGAUUCAAUAGCUUGAGCUUAAAGUUGAUGAAAGACGGUUCUUUAAACUUAGGAAAUGAGUAGUUAAGUGUUUGCCUAUAUUCGAUCUGCCUUUCGAAAUAGUGUAAUAUUCCUCCAACAAUAUGGACUUGGCUGCUUCUUUGUGAUGAUUAUUUGGUUCCACGUUAGAUGGGUUGGUUCCUUUCCACUUGGUGCUGUGCGAGUCACGAAGGAAUGAGUGCACCAAACUUGCACUUUGUUACUUGUGUAAAACAUGGUGCCUUGGAGCCAAUGGUGUGACAUGUAUGAUUCCACUCGUUUUAACCACUCCUGCCUUCUCUUCUGGUUUGACAAUGUUGAAUCAAAACUGUUUAGUGCAGUCAGAAUAUGUUUAUCAAAGUGCGAAUAUCUUGUAGUUCGUAUUCAGGACUCUGUUUUCUCUGGGAUGCUGGCAACAUUUAAUAUUGCUUGUCUCGUAGCGUGAGCCUGUAGA